AUGUCGACAUCAUCCACGCCGCCGCCCCUGCCUGACGAGCGAGCCCACAAACGACGAAGCAACGAAUCUAUUGAUCCUGCUCUCGACGAAAACAUAUCCCCCCUCGACCCGAGAAGAUUUACUCCCACCCUCCAUGCCUCGUUAGUCUCGGAAAUUCUAUCUUUGCGGCGGGAUCUGGAGAGCCGGACAAAUGACAUCGAAAAGUUGGAAAUCAGCCUGCAUACGGCCCAAACUCAAAAUGAGGUCCUCAACAACACUCUGUUGCAGUCCAACAAGGAGACCAGGUCAGUCAAGCGACAGAUGCAACUGCUUGAAGGCGGAACCCUGUCGGCUCUCAACGAAUUGGCCAAGGAGCGCGAUGACGCCUUGGGCGAUGUUUCCGACCUUCGCCGGCGUCUUGAACAAAGUCAGAGUCGAAGCAGAUAUCAGGAAGAAGCCACCGAAAGAACUCAGGCGAUGUGGGAAAAAGAUAAAGAAGCAUGGCUUGCGGAGAGGCGACGUUUAGAGACCAAGGUCCAUAUUGCCGAAGGUCGCCUCAAAGUCGUGCUGAGCGAAGUUGCAAAUGCCCAGAAUCAGGCGCCUCCAGGCUCCCCGACAGAACGCACAUGUCACAGCCGCAAUAGUAUAUUGGAAAGUCCCAGCAAAGGCUCAAUACUAACUCGACGAGGUCGAAGGCACAGCGCCGCCUCAGUCAACAGUGACACCCACGGAGGUCGGGUUUCGGUACUGAGUUUCCACAACGGCAUCUCGGUAAACCUAGCGGACGAGCUCGCCUUCGAUGAGCUGGAGGAGGACGUGGCCCAUGCUCAUGACGCUGAAGAUGGACGCAUCUCCCCAGAUGCCCUGCCAGAAGAACAAAUCCGGCCCGCCUCAAGUCUAUCCCUCAAAGCCCGGAAGGUUUUGGGGCUGUCCAUGGACUUCGAAGACUUUGAACGCAACGAUAGCCCUGAGCGUGAUCGGCCCGCCCUCUUAAGGAUGGAUGGAGUCCGCCACAGGACGAGUGUGCAAUAUGUAGAUACAGCCAUCCAAUUUUCGCCACCUCCGUCUCCAUGGCCCACAGCCGAUAUGCGGUCGAAGUUGAACGCGUCGCGACCUGCAGAUGUUCAGCUCGGCUAUGUCAAGCAACCCAACGUUACCCUAGGUCCUGCUAGUCCCCCUGAGAAUGGCGACAUUCAUUGGGGACGGCAGCGACCUGUUAUGGUCUCAUCCGCCUGUCAAACCAUCGAGGCUCUUCCAAGUCCACCUUUGACACCCGAAAAGGGCAAUAUUGCGCUAGCUACAAUCCCCGAAAAUGUCUUGGAAAGGAUCGAAAGCACCACCGUCGGCACUCAGACAGAACCGACCGGCCUUGGACUCGACAACUAUGGCCACAAACACACGGAAAGUGAAGAAACGGUGGACCUCAAGAUUCCCCUGAUUGCAAUCAUACCUCCGGGAUCGAGACCUGCCACACCUGAAACAAAUGUCGUGCUACCACCCAGAACCAAGAGCGCAGGUACCCAGGUCAGCAAUCAGUCCCUUGGCAUCUAUCGAUCAACUUCCAUGCAGACAGAAGAGAUUCGAGUCGACAAAAGAGCCAUUGUCCCACCCUCCGAAAUGCCACCACCUCCGUUGUCGACUCACUUCAGGCCACCAAUCUCGUCUCGGGCCAUGCCUCCCCCAAUUCCCCGAACGAGAGUGUCCCCUGCGACAUCCAUGUUCGCUUCCAGACGUACGAUGGCUGGGCCGUCAAAAGCGCCCCCCCUGAACGAUAAUGGUCCUUUGGCACGGGACUUUGCUUCAAAUGCGCCACGUCCGGUCAGAUCGAGCAGUAUGUUUGCUGGAUUUGACGAUGACAAUGAGAACCGUGAUGACCUUUUCGGCCAAGACACUUUGCAGGACGACGACAUUUUUAGUCGCCCAACGGCCAAAUUUGUGCUCAAAUCCGGUAAACUGGUGGCCCAAGACUCCGCUUUGGAGGAUAUCGGCGAAAGCGUGGCAGUCACCGCCGGCGAGGCGGCGGCCCUCGAGAAUCUUCGACUAUCCGAAGACAGCUUACCCCCUGAUCUGAAAGCCAUCCUGUUCCAGUCUCGAACGAGUCCACGUCGAAGUACGCAACGACAGAACACGAGCAUGAAGUUGAAGAGAGUCCCGUCCUCUAGAGCGAACAACAUGCGAAGAGCUGCCCUCAUAUCGAGCGGAACUGCCGCGCAUCAGUCUUCUCAUUCCCAAUCUACAACCGGUUCUUUUGACAGCAACAACCCCCCUCCUUUCCCCGUGCCUUUGCGAUACAGCUCGGCGAGGGUUGGCAAGUCGGUCAGUGAAGGUGGAAGAAGUUCACCUGGCAGUAGCAAUGCAUCACCCACCAAACGACCAAAGAAUAGAUUUGCCAAACCCAUGUUGCGAAAGGCCAGGUCGGGCCCAGCGAUCUCCCCUCACUCUCAGGCGCGUAGAGCCCGCAGUCGGUCUCCUCCUCUGGACCCGCGAGUGUCAAUCGUUCCAGAAAUGCCUAGUUUCCAGAUGCCGACAACGACGGCUUCCCCGUUUGUAAUGCAAACUUCCGACACCCCCCGUGAAGCAAGUGCACCUCGUCCAUCCAUUGCCACCGGGCCGGGUCGGAUGGGAACACACACCAAGACGAACUCUGAUGCGGUUUCUAUGCAGCAGACUUCUGUGGUUGAUUCGAUUGCGCAGACCAUGGUCGGUGAAUGGAUGUACAAAUAUGUGAGAAGGCGAAAGUCAUUCGGAGUUAGCGACAAGACGGAGUUCGAUACAAACAAGAGUGUGGAAGAACUGUCUCAGAAUGUGACAAAUAAUGGUGUGCGCCACAAGCGAUGGGUCUGGCUUGCCCCCUAUGAACGUGCUGUCAUGUGGAGCAGCAAACAACCAAUUUCUGGUACAGCGUUGAUGGGCAAAAGCGGUCGGAAACUGACCAUCAAAUCGGUCCUUGAUGUCAAAGAUGACAAUCCUAUGCCAAAAGGAGCCAUCUCGGGUCGCCACUUCAAUAGGUCUAUUUUGAUCUUGACCCCCCAACGAGCUCUGAAAUUUACGGCCACGUCCCAGGACCGCCAUUAUGUUUGGCUGACAGCUCUGUCGUUUCUCUCGCAUUCACCUCUCAGUAUGAAUGAGCUGACAGCCAUCCCACCCCCGCCUCCCAUGCCCGAACAUGAAGCGUCAAACCUACCUGCCCCGUCUCUUGCAGGUUCACUUCGACGACGACCGAUUCGCGAUUCCAUUCGCGUCGCGAAAAAUGCUGUCAAAUCCGGUACCAGCCACAGGUCAUUCACGACGGACGGAUCACUGCCAGUACAAGACUCCAGGCCUCCGACUCGAGGUUAUUAUGAUCCGACACAUGACCCUGCACUACCACCCACGAUUCCGCGCCAUUCGCGAAAACGAAGUAAUACAGCACCACGAGCACCCCCGAGUUCUUUCAGAAGCUUUUCAACGAAGGAUGCCACUCCCAACAUACCGGGGCCAGGGUCUACCUAUUCACAGAGUGUGCAUUCUACCGCUGUCUAUUCGUCUGACCGAGGGUUGUACACUCCUAGCCUGGGUAUGCAGAGUAUAGUAAGCAGUCGACGAGGUAGCGAGGCUAGUGCUUCAGGGCGUCCUCCUAUCCCCUCAAAUUUCAUGGAGAGCACUCAGACCGCAACCAUGCGGAUGGACGCUUUUAUCGACAAUAAACCGUCAACAUCCUCAAGCCGACCUUCGUUUCAUGCCUUGCGAUCAGGGCAGUCGAAGAAGAAAGACAUGGGGUAUUGGGGUUUCGAACAAGGAAGAGACAGCAUCAGCCCCGUGGAUUCAUUGCUUCACAGCGAAAUGAUGGCUGCAAGUUCCUCUACACGAGGCAGCGUUGAGUCGAGAGAUCCGUGGCGAGGAUUCUGA